UGGGCCGAGAAACAAGAUCAUAUCUGGUCCAGCGUUAUCUUUGGCAUGAGAGAGGGAGAUUAGUAGCCUUUGUUGCAUUUGUGAUGCAUUGAAAAGGGUGCCUUCUUUAUGGACGAUUGAUUGCAAUAUAUAUAUAUGCAAAGUAAGGAAGACAUCACACGUGCGGGAGUUAGUUAGCGAGCUGAUCUUCCCCAGCGGGUAGUUGACUGCCCUGCUCUUUCCAUCUCUUCACUCUACUACCCAAGCCCGACUGAAGACCUAAAAGAGCUCUACUCUGUGCCGAGGGCUCUACAUAAGAGCUCUAAGCCCCGUCACACUACUCCGGUUGGAAGAGCCGUAACCCAGCCAGUGGAGGGGUCAUCAUAAUCAUCAUGACUCAGAGUCCCGUCCAUGGCUGCUCGGUCUGUGUGGCCCAGCUGACAGUCUUCCUCGCCCUGCUGUUGUGUCCCCUGGGGAGAGCACUCGGCGAAGACCAGGCUUCUCCGGCCCAGGUGCUGCAGGGCCUGUUGGAGCGAUAUGGGGACAAUGCCACCAUCUCUGUUCCCCAGCUCCGCUCUUUGUUGGCACGACUCGGUGCACCCGGCCUGGUGGACAACGGCACCGCAGCAGAGGCUCCACCGGCGCCGCCCAGAGUCAACCUGUCCAAAUGCUUACCUGGAGACACCCUGGCAGUUUACAGUAUGGACGAGCAGUCUCGUCUGGAUGGGCGUGGUCUACAGGAGCUCUGCCCCACCAUGCUUCAGCAAUUGGACUCUGGCGCAUGUGGGGUGGAGAAAAAGGAGGAGCUUAUCAUAGACCCGCCUUCCAAACCCACUGCUGCUGAAGUUUGGGGUUAUGGCUUCCUGUGUGUGACCUUCAUUUCUCUGUGUUCGCUGGUUGGGGCCAGUGUGGUCCCCUUCAUGAGGAAAACCUUUUACAAGCGUCUGCUGCUCUACUUCAUAGCCCUGGCCAUUGGCACCCUCUACUCCAACGCCCUGUUUCAGCUCAUCCCAGAGGCAUUUGGUUUUAACCCUAUGGUGGACAACUAUGUGUCUAAGUCCACGGUGGUGUUCGGAGGGUUCUACCUCUUCUUCUUCACUGAGAAGGUCCUCAAGAUGCUGCUCAAACCCAAGGAUAAGGGCCAUGACCACAGUCAUUUCCCAGCCAACGGAGACAUGGAAGAGGGUGUGACAGAGAAGCUGCAGCAGAGUGGAGAGGCGGGGCUUAACCUGCCCAAAGUGGACGGAGGAGAGGGGGACCGCAUGCUCACCCCUGCACUGACCCCACCGGACUCUCAGAGCCUGGGUGGAGGGAACAGCAGAGGAGGCUGCUAUUGGCUGAAGGGUACAGCAUACUCUGACAUCGGCACUCUGGCCUGGAUGAUCACGUUGAGCGACGGGCUCCAUAACUUCAUCGACGGCCUGGCCAUCGGAGCCUCCUUCACUGCCUCGACCUUCCAGGGCAUCAGCACCUCCGUGGCUAUACUCUGUGAGGAGUUUCCCCAUGAACUGGGAGACUUUGUGAUCUUGUUGAAUGCUGGGAUGAGCAUCCAGCAGGCUCUGUUCUUUAACUUCCUGUCUGCCUGCUGCUGCUACCUGGGCAUGGGUUUUGGCAUCCUGGCAGGAAACAGCUUCUCACCUCAAUGGAUCUUUGCCCUGGCAGGGGGCAUGUUCCUCUACAUCGCCCUGGCAGACAUGUUCCCGGAGAUGAACGAGGUGAGUCGUGAGGAGGAGGAGGCGGGUGGAAGCAGCUUCCUUGUGACCUUCAUCAUCCAGAACGCGGGCCUCCUAACCGGCUUUGCCAUCAUGCUGCUACUGACCACCUACUCUGGAGCCAUCACUAUAGACUAGCAUUAUUAUACACACAACUACACCCUGUCGGUUUUAACCAGAUCCAACCGCUUUCAACUGUAAUGAUUCCUUUUGGAGCUGAAUGGAAAUGCCCGCCCCUCCCUCCCCAGGCUCCCUCCCCAGGCCCCAUUUUGCCCCGAUUCUCCCUCAGGACUUUAGAGACCCGGGGCUUCGGUACUAGUACGGCAGGAACGCACCCUAUAAGACUUAAGCAGUUCCCAAAUGCAGUAGCUACUAGUACACUGGCAGGGGAACAGGCCUCCCUCAUCUCUCUUGGGCCUUCUCUGACCUCCCUAGUAUACUGGCAGGGGAACCGCCCUCCCUCAUCUCUCUUGGGCCUUCUCUGACCCCCCUAGUAUACUGGCAGGGGAACAGCCCUCCCUCAUCUCUCUUGGGCCUUCUCUGACCCCCCUAGUAUACUGGCAGGGGAACAGGCCUCCCUCAUCUCUCUUGGGCCUUCCUCUGACCCCCUAGUACACUGACAGGGGUACCGCCCUCCCUCAUCUCUCUUGGGCCUUCUCUGACCCCCCUAGUGCACUGACAGGGGUACCACCCUCCAUCUAUCUCUCUUGGGCUUUAUCUGACCCCCCUAGUAUACUGGCAGGGGUACCACCCUCCCUCAUCUCCCUUGGGCCUUUUCUGACCCCCUUAGUACACUGACAGGGGUACCACCAUCCCUCAUCUCUCUUGGGCCUUCUCUGACCCCCCUAGUACACUGACAGGGGUACCACCCUCCCUCAUCUCUCUUGGGCCUUUUCUGACCCCCCUAGUACACUGACAGGGGUACCACCCUCACUCAUCUCUCUUGGGCCUUCUCUGACCAGCCCCCUCUUGCCAGCUAGGUGACUAGCCUAGAGAUCCCUUUCCCCUCUGUUCUAUGCCACCUGCAGGGACAGGAACGGGUCAUAGGCAGGGGGGUAGGACCACCAUAUUAUCUCCUAUGCUGAUGACCAACAGACAUGCAAUAUCUACAAACCAUUUAUACAAACACAGUUCAUAUAUAAACUAUAACUAGGUAUAAAUAAAGUUAUUUAAUCAAACACUUCCUUGUUCCCCAGACUACUGAGAGACCAUUUCGGCUCUACAAAGACUCUUGCUGUUGUCAUGGAGAUCAUUCUGUCAUUGGUUAGUUUGGACAUGCAUGAUGAGCGUCGAGUUGGACAUUUUGAGCAACCAGGGGUGUAUUCAUUACGGAAACCGUUUGAGAACCAAACAGUAGCAAACAGAGCAAAUGGAACGAAAUGGUAAGGAACCUACCAGAAUUUGUCCAAUAGAAACGGUUGUUUGGUUUCUGUUGCAAAACAUUUUUGCAACCGAAUCAGCGUAAUGAUUACACCCCAGGGUCCAGUGACUUGGAAAUAGUGUAUUUAUGUUACCCAUAUGCCUCUGAGUGCCCACGGGCCAAACUACGGUGGCCUGCACAGCACAAUCAGGUAAUAGCAGUUGUAUUGUAGACAUCCUUGGACCUUUUUUCAUUGUCAGAGUGCAAACCCUUUUUUCAUUACAUACCAAAAAGAAAGUGUUCCAUAUAUAUAUGACGCACAGAUCAACUGGAAAGUUGAGCAAGCCGCCGUGAAGAAGAUCAAAUCCUUUCCCCAACAUAGGACUGAUGUGUCUGUGUUAUGUUUUACUUCAGGAGGAACCAGACAAAUGCAACACGUGUGAAUUUUAACCACAACAUGUGGACAGACCGUUUAUGAUGGACUCCGCUGGGACUUGUUUUUCCUCCAAAGUGUGAAGAACAAGAACCUCCUCUGAUUUGUAGCUUUCUGUCCUGGUUUCCUCGGUUGACAUUGUUCUCUACUAAGAUCUCAGCAAAUAGCUCCCUAUUAUAGUACACUUCCUAAAAUAAGGUUUUCUGUAGGGAAUAGAGUGCCAUUUUGGACAAAGCCUAUGUUUGAUGGAAGGACGUUGGCACCUGAAGCCACGGUCUAUUUCUCCCAAUCAGUUCCCCUAUCUAGCUAACCAUCUGUGCCCUUCAUAUGUUGUUGACCUGAUUUUUCUAAGACUCUAUUCUCUAUGAAUGCAAUCCUCCAUUCCUUAUCCAUACCGUUGUCAUUUUGAGAUAACGUCUAUUGUUGUAUUAUUUGUAUGUAAUGAAUGAAUGUUUGGAAACAAAGACCGUACACCCAGAAUCAUAGUCACACUUAAAGGAGGAGUUCACUAUUUUACAAGAUAAUGUUGAGAUGGUUCCUCACCCUGAACAUAGUCAAUGGGCCAGGAGAAACUGUAAUCCAUGGUUUAGUUUUCUUUAAACAGCCACAACAAACUUCAAACUUUUUAAAAAUCUAUGGAAGUGAUGGGCAGCUAUUAAAAAGUAAUAUGUCCAAAUCGCCCAAAAUCAAUUCUAUAUUUUGUUUGCUGUAACUAUAAAGUGAUUUGGCCUUUAAAAAGAAAAAACAUGCUCACAGCCCCAAUCACUUCCAUAGAUGUUUAGCUAGCGGUGGCCAACGUUGGUAAUGGCUGUUUAAUGAUUUAACUAGGCAAGUCAGUUAAGAACAAAUUAUUGGGCCUCCCGAGUGGCGCAUCGCUGUGCCACUAGAGAUUCUGGGUUCGAGGCCAGGCUCUGUCGCAGCCGGCCGC